AGGACCUUUCAUUUUGCCCAGGCUGUCCAUGUUGCCCUGUUGACUUGCCCUUCUUCUGCCAGGCACAGGCUGCCCUUUGUCCUCCUAGAGUGCAUGCCCCCUAGAGUUUAUCUUUGAUUUCCCCACAAAAGAAUAAACUUUUAAAAUUCUACUUCCUGUAUGUUGGUGCCUACAUGGAUAUUUCUUUUUCCCUGGGACUGAAAAGUCUGCAUCUCUGUGGUGCUUUGUAGCCCAUGGGUGCUAAAUAAAGACUCCUUACUGACACCUGAGUUUAGGGUCUUGAUUUUGUGUCAUUUAAAGAUAGUCCUGGGUAGACCAAAGGGUGUGUUACCAGUUUCAGGAGGACAGAUCAGUUGUUCCUUAAGUUAAGCACAGGCAAGGUCGGGGUGUCUGCUGUGGUUUUUCUCAAGCUGAUUGAUGGCUUUUUGGAGUUGUCAACGUGACACACCUGGGAAGCAGAACCUUCACCGUAUUUGCCUUCAUCAGAGUGGCCCGAGUGACGUUUUCCUGACUGGGUUGAUGGAGGGAGGGACAUUCCAGGGAGGGCAGCUCCAGCAUGGGGCAGGUGUGUGUGUGCUGUAGUGCACAGCAGGGUUAGGGAGCCAAGGGAAGCAUCCAGAAAGCCUCCUGCCCCUGCUUUCUUCCUUCUUCUCUGCAUGAUGACUGGAGCCUGUUAGUCAUAUAAAGCAUUUCCUCCCCUAAGGUAUUUUUGGCCACAGUUUCCUCACAUUGGCAGAGAAACCAGUCCUGAGCACUUUUAACCUGACUAUGCAGUGUUGAAAAUCUGCCAGCAUGCACUGCUCCCAGAGUGCACUCCCUCCGGACUGGGUCUUCCCGAUCACCACACAAGCUUACAGAAACGAAACUAAAAGCUAGAAGCAGAACCUGUAAACCCUAAACUAGAAACUCAGUUGCACUUCCAGGAGUGCAAGUGCCCAGUCAUGGCCGAAGAGACAGCACCACCAUGUGGCCCAGUCUCAACUGGUGACAGUCUGUCUCCAGAGAGGAUGGAGAAGAGGACAUGUGCCCUCUGCCCUGAGGGUCAUGAGUGGAGUGUGAUUUACUUUGCACCAUCAGCAAAUAUAGCUGCUCAUGAAAACUGUUUGCUGUAUUCAUCAGGACUGGUGGAGUGUGGUCCUCAUGAUCCACGUAAUCCAGCCAGAAGCUUUGCUGUCAAAUCAGUGAAGAAAGAGAUCUGGAGAGGGAGAAGAUUGAAAUGCUCACUGUGUAACAAAGGAGGUGCCACCGUGGGAUGUGAUUUGUCAUCCUGUAGGAAGAGUUACCACUAUGUCUGUGCCAAAAAAGACCACGCAAUUCCUCAAGUUGAUGAGGAUCUUGGAACUUACAAAAUAUUUUGCCCAGAACAUCCUCCACAGCAAGAAGAGACCACUGAACGUGCUGAUAGUCCAAGCGUGAAGAAGACAGGAAAGAAGAAAAGUCUCUCAUCGGGCCCUCCCACAGAGCCAAAAAAGAUGAAAUUCAGUAGCUUUAAAAGACUCAUGAAGGAAGAGCCUCACGGCCACAAAGAUGCAGCUGUCAAAGCUCCUUUUCUUAAGAAAUGCCUGGAAGCAGGACUUCUUACUGAAUUAUUUGAACAGAUACUAGAAAAAAUGGAUUCAAUUCAUGGAAGAUUCAUGGAUGAGACUGCUUCAGAGUCAGACUAUGAAGGGAUCAAGACCUUACUGUUUGACUGUGGACUAUUUGGAGACAUACUAAGAAAAUUCCAAGAAGUAAUCAAGAGUAAAACUUGUGAAUAUGAAGAAAGGCUGAACCAGAUGAAGCAGAAGCUUGAGGCACUCGCAGACUUACAAGAAAACCUGUGCUCAUUUCAAGAAUGUGGGGACCUGGACCCCUCAGGCUCUACCUCAGGGUCCUUGCUACCUCCUGAGGACCACCAGAUCCAGGAGUCUCCUGAAGUGCAAGCAGGCUCAGGAGACAGCCUGUGACAGAUCCAGUCCCCUCCAGCUCUGACCUGCUACUGCUCAGCCAGGGUCCAUACCUGACAGGUUGUUUCUUGGCUCCUCUCUAGUCAUCUCACUUGUCCUGCCUUCUCCUGACAGUAACAGCUGUUCCUCAGGUCAACUGGAUCAGGCCCCCAUGUCCUCUAAGGAGCAGGAAGUCCUCCUACCUACCCUACCCACCCUAGUCAGGGGCAGCCACACCACAGCCUUUGCUCAUCCUUUUGUGGAAUCUUAGAGCUUUCUUCUUGCUUCUGCUACUCCUGCAGUAGGUCUGUGUCAUCAUGGUCUCCUCUCAGUAUUAGUGACUUCAUCAGAAUGGAGCAGAGCCUCACUCCUGUGCAUAGCUCGCUGGUACCCUGGGUUUCUGCUCACUACCACCUUCCCAACAUUGAGCACACUUAAUAAAUGCUUGACAAAA